AUUAAGUACGUUACGAGAGAAAAAUACAAUACGCCGUUAUGGUGAAUUAUCAUAAUUCAGGCGUUAAGUGAGGAGCUCCAGCUGGAGGGAGGUCCGCAGCGCCAUUUUUGAUGCUGUUAACGCCACUGCUUUAGUGUCGCGUUCACUCAGAGAUCUGAUCGGACACAAGAAGAUGAACGUUAUUGACCACGUUCGGGAUAUGGUGGCCGCUGGCCUUUACUCCAACGUGAGAUUACUCAGUAGCCUGUUACUGACUAUGAGCGACAAUAAUCCAGAAUUAUUUUCUCCAGUACAGAAGUAUCAGCUACUGGUCUACAAUGCAGAUGCUCUCUUUCAUGACAAGGAAUAUCGUAAUGCUGAAUCUAAAUAUAAAAUUGCUUUACAACAGAAGAAAGCUCUAAGCAAGACAACAAAAGUGAGACCAGCUGGUGGGAGUACUCCCUCAACUCCACAAACACAGGGAUGUCAACAGAGAGCCAGAAAAGUUUCAGAAUGUCUGCCAUCAGAGAUUGAAGUGAAGUAUAAAAUGGCUGAAUGCUAUACAAUGCUACGUCAAGAAAGGGAUGCUGUUGCAAUACUGGACACCAUAUCCACCAGGCAGCGCACUCCAAAGAUUAAUAUGAUGUUAGCAAACCUAUAUAAGAAAGCAGGACAGGAGCGAUCAGCUGUCACCAGCUAUAAGGAAGUAUUACGACAGUGUCCUCUGGCUCUGGAUGCAAUAUUAGGUCUCCUGUCUCUUUCAGUGAAGGGUGCCGAAGUAGCAUCUCUGACUAUGAAUGUGAUUCAGAGUAUUCCAAAUCUGGACUGGCUCUCUGUUUGGAUCAAGGCAUAUGCUUUUGUUCACACUGGUGACAACACCAGAGCAAUUAAUACUAUCUGCUCCCUGGAGAAGAAGUCGUUAUUGAGGGAUAAUGUUGAUUUAAUGGGAAGCCUAGCAGAUUUGUAUUUUAGAGUGGGUGACAACAAAAAUGCUAUAUUAAAGUUUGAGCAGGCUCAGAUGCUGGAUCCGUACAUAAUCAAAGGAAUGGAUGUAUAUGGGUAUCUUUUGGCGGGUGAAGGCCGACUAGAGGAUGUUGAAAAUUUAGGUGGCCGUUUAUUUAACAUUUCUGAUCAGCAUGCCGAACCAUGGGUUGUCUCUGGGUAUCAGUGUUUGUACAGCAAACGAUAUUCACGUGCUUUGUAUCUUGGAGCAAAAGCAAUUCAAUUGAAUAGUAACAGUGUACAAGCCUUAUUAUUAAAGGGUGCUGCCUUGCGAGCCCUGGGCAGAAUCCAGGAGGCUAUCAUACACUUCAGAGAAGCAAUGCGUCUUGCCCCAUGCAGAAUGGAUUGUUAUGAUGGUCUAGUUGAAUGUUAUUUAGCUUCAAACAGCAUACGUGAAGCAAUGGUGAUGGCAAAUAAUGUCUUUAAAACACUGGGUCCAAAUGCCCAGACCUUAACACUUUUUGCCACUGUAUGCUUGGAAGACCCAAUGACACAAGAGAAGGCAAGGACAUUGCUGGAUAAAGCACUAGCACAGAAAUCUGAUUACCUGAAAGCAGUUGUCAAAAAAGCAGAACUUUUGAGUGCUGGUGGUGAGCUGCCUUCUUGAAUUGCUGCAGUUGAUUUGGUGUAGGUGUACCCACAACCCCAUUGGAGAGGGAGUUCCAGGAUUUUGACCCAGCAACACUGAAGGAAUGAUGAUAUGUUUCCAAGUCAUGAUGGUAUGUGACUAGGUGACAGACUUCCCAUGUAUUUGCUGCCCUGACCGUUCUAGAUAGUGGUUGUGUGUUCAGAAGGCUCAGCAUAAAGAGUCUUUGUGAAUUUUUGCAGUGUAAUUUGUAAAUAAUAUGCAUUGCUGCUGUUGAGCAUAGAUGGUAGAGGAAAUGAAUGGUUGAGGUGCCAAUCAACCAGGCUGGACAGUGUCAAGUUUCUUGUAUGUUGAGAGUUGCAUUUACCCAGGCAAAUAAAGUGUAUUCCAUCAUACUCCUGAUUUGUACCUUGUGGAUGGUGUACAUGCUUUGAGGAAUCAGGAGGUGAGUUACUUGUAGAAUUUCUGGCUUCUCACCUGCUCUUGCAGCCACAGUGUUUAUAUGACUAAUCCAGAUCAGUUUCAGAUCAAUGGUAAAUCCCAGGAUACAUGAGUCCAUGUCAAAAUCUAGUUGCAAUGUCAAAUCAUCCUGGUUUAUCAUCUUUUAAGACUGGUUUUCAAAAUGUGAAACACGAAUAAGAACAGAAGAUGGAAAACCAUCUUUAGUUGCUCACAUAACCAUAGAAACUCCAAAUUUGAAUGAACAAUUUAUAAGUGCUAAAGAAACCUUUAUGUUGGCCUGUGCUACUUUAUACCACAUUUUAAAACAAUUGUCAUUGUUUAGAGCAUACUUCACAUUUCAUAAUCAGUUAUCUGACUGGGAUAUAAAGACACACAAAUUAUUCAAUAAACAAGACAAAUAAGCAUUUACCAGCAUCAGAUUUGGUUUUGCUUUCCUUCUCUGCUCAAACUUAUCUGAAAUGUACUAAUCUGCUUGAAUGAUUUAAUUAGCUGAUUCUGGUAAUAUUAAUCAUUAUCCUGAUUUAGUACUGUACUUGUUUUAUAUACCAAAUUGCGCUAAUUCAAAAGUUAAAUGGGAUUUUCAGUGCUGUUGUUUUCAAGAAAAAAAAGAAAAAAAAUUGAAGUGCUAAUUCAUGGUAAGAGAACAUUGAAUUCGUAACAUGGUUAUUCUAAAUUUCAGACUAUCUAUGGAGGAACCUCUAUUAUUGGAAGGCAAUGGGCGGGCAGUUUUUCAUUCGGAUAAUUGAUUUGACCUUAAAGGAAGCCAUACUGCACAUAAUUGCUUUAAAAAGCAUGUUUACAGAGUUUUUUUUAUUUCAUUCAAUCACUAAAAUUUGUACAAACACUGGAUAUUGCUUAAAAAUUCAUAUUUUACAAAUCAACUCACUUUUUGUGUAAAUAAAAUUGAGGUGGAGGUCAGUUAUUAUUUUUCGAAGAAAAUAUCCAGCCGCUGUUGCUUGAGAUGGUGCUGUCUCUUUUUUUUUUGCAAACAAUAACAUUUGAUGAAAAUGCAUCAAUUUAACGGCAUCGACUUUGUCUUGUGCUUCAUACCACUCCAUGAAAAGUUGCAAACUGUCGAUAGCUUUCAUUAACGGAGGUGGUGUUGGUAUCUGAUUUUCCUUACCAUCCACGGUAUCUGUACUUUCCUGCUGUUCUUCCAUGACUAUGUUGAUUAUCUGAUCAUUGCUGAGUGUCUCUGUUCCGAUGUCGU